AUGGCACCAAGUUAUCAGAGGUUUGCGUCUACUACGCAAACACAAACAGAAACCCGUACACCACAGACUGGCGAUGAGUACCACCCAGACACCACGGCCACCAACGCUACUGCUGCUGGAAAACAGCAGCAGCAGCAAGAUCAAAAAUACGCAGUAGACGCCCAUGGCCAUGUCUUUAAGGUACCAGACUAUACCAUCAAGGAGAUCUUGUCGGCGAUACCUGCCGAAUGCUACAAGCGGAGUUUGCCGCGUUCGCUGGGCUACGUGGCCCGCGACAUAGCCGCUAUGCUCUCGCUAGGAGUUGCCGCGCACCGUUGGAUCGCCCCCUGGCUACAAGCCGUGCAGGCGCCUCUGCUGGUACGUUUCGUGUUCUGGAACGUCUACGCAGCGGCUUUAGGCGCGUUUGGUACAGGGCUCUGGAUCCUUGCACACGAAUGUGGCCACCAGGCGUUCUCCGACUACGGAGCCGUCAACGACUUUGUCGGCUGGCUAUUGCACUCGUACUUGCUGGUUCCGUACUUCUCGUGGAAGUACUCGCACUCCAAACACCACAAAGCCACAGGCCAUCUGCAUCGUGAUAUGGUGUUUUUGCCGCCCACCAAACAGGAGUUCUGGCAGGCCCGUGGCUGGGCUGCGGAUCUAGCGGAAGUAACGGAAGACUCCCCGCUCCGCACGCUGAUCGAGCUGGUGGCCCAGCAGCUGGGCGGCUGGCUCAUGCAUUUGAUGACCAACGUGACGGGCCAGCGGUACCCAGACGCGCCCGCAUGGACGCGUAACCAUUUCUGGCCGCUUUCGCCGUUGUUCGAGACCAAAGACGCAUUGUACAUCGUGCUGAGCGACCUGGGGAUCCUAGCUCAGUGUCUAGUGCUACGGAUGUGGUAUGUGAAAUACGGAGCGUGGUCCGUAACGAUCAACUGGCUUGUUCCGUACUUGUGGGUCAACCACUGGCUGGUAUUCAUCACAUUUCUGCAACACACAGACCCUACUCUACCGCACUACGACAACCAGGAAUGGACUUUCGCCAAGGGAGCAGCGGCCACCAUCGACCGCCAAUUGCCGUUUGUCGGACCUCACAUUUUCCACGACAUCAUCGAGACGCACGUUCUGCACCAUUUCGUUAGCAGAAUCCCAUUCUACAACGCACGGCCCGCUUCCGCGGCCGUGCGUCGUGUCAUGGGGGAACAUUAUCGUUCCACGGACGAGAAUAUGUUCAAAUCGUUUUGGAAUGUGGCUAGAGGAUGCCAGUACGUCGACGGUGACAACGGUGUUUACAUGUUCCGCAACGUUAACAACCAAGGCGUAGGCAUGGGGCCUGAGAGUGCUGACGCCAGCCGUUGA